AAAUGCACAGAGGUACAGAUCUUCUGACAUUUGUGGAAAGAACACCUUUUACAGGCUUUGCGCUGCAAAAUGAAGUUCCUUCUCUUCACGGCGUUUGUGGCAUCCAUCUCCUGUGUCAAUGCGGGCAAGACAGCAAGGCUGUUGGCUGCGAUGAAUGCUGGGAUGCUCAAUGGGAUGAUAGCUGGUGGUCUGAACCCAUCUUUGGUCGCCGGUGGAGGAGUAGGUCUUCUUGGCCAGCCCCAGUUAGCUCAGUUUGUUCCUGGACUUCCUCCUUUUGCGCUUCGAGCUCCUGUUGCUAAUGUCUUCCCUGCUGCAGUCAAUCCGUUCCAGGUUCCUGUUUUUGGUGUUCCCCAAAUGGCUCAAAUGAAUCAGCAGCCUCAGAUGGGGAUGGCAGGUGGACCAAUGCAGCAGCAACCUCUAAUGGCUAUGGCAGGUGGACCAAUGCAGCAGCAACCUCUGGGGAUGGCAGGUGGGAUGGCAGGUGGGAUGGCAGGUGGGAUGGCAGGUGGGAUGGCAGGUGGAAUGGCAGGUGGGAUGGCAGGGGGAGCCAUGCAACCACAGGCUCAGAUGGGGAUGGCAGGUGGAGUUGGGCAACAGCAGCUUCCAGUUCAGCCUGACCCCCUCAGGAGAUUCAGGCGCCAGAUCAUGAAAUCUGCAGAGGCUGUGAAGGCUGGUGUGGACACUCAGAUUCCAACUCCAACUGAGUCAGGAACAACACCGUCUCCAUGUGACAACAGCAUUAAUUAAGUAGAUGUUAAAAGAUCAGAGUCUUUGUGACACGAUGAGACGUGGUUUGACUUUCACAUUUAUUAAAAUUAGCUUAUAAAUUCACAUUUCUAAUAAAAAAAUGUGAUCAGACAA